AUGUUUAAUAAUUUUAUCGUUUCAAGAAACAUAAGUGUUCUAUCAAUUUCAUUUGAUCAUUCAAAAUGGGAUUAUUCACAAUUAAUGGAUCCAAAUGGUUUUCAGUGGAAAGUUGGGAUUACACCGUUAUCUAAUAUACAGAUUGUUAUUGGUUCUUGGAUAACAUAUUUUGUUGUCAUAGUUGGAUUAAAGAUAUUUAUGAAAUAUCAAAGAACACCUUUCUCCUUAAAAGGUGUUGUUGCUGUACAUAAUUUAUUUCUAUGCAUAUUGUCUGCGAUCAUGUUCGGGUUUUCCGUAAUUGACUUAUUUAAACGAUGGCAGGAACGCGGUAUCAGUGAAUGUUUCUGCACAUCCGAUGAAUCAUCUUUGAAAGGUCGAUUAUUUUACAUUACAUAUAUUUAUUAUCUAUCAAAAUUUAUUGAAUUGAUUGAUACCGUGAUAUUAGUACUCAAAAAAAAAGAGAUAAUUUUUUUACAUUGGUAUCAUCAUGCAAUCGUGAUUCUAAUGGUUUGGUCAUGGUUACAAGAUGCAAAUAUGUAUGCAAGGCUUAGAUGGCCAUCCGUUGGUUAUCAAAAAUGGUGA